ACGAUAUCAUGGAAUUAAUUCAGAGAAAUUCAAUUUAUAUUCCAUCAAAUCGUUUUCUUGGUAAAAGAUAAAGUCAAUCAAUCUUUUUUUGUAAAAUUAAAAAAAAUAUCUAACUUAUAUAAAUGCAUCCAAUUCAUCCGUGAUAUGCACAACAUCAACGUUAUAGAAGACAGGCUAGGAAAACAUUUUCUGUGAUGAUUUCUGUUUUUCAGUCGUGUUUACUUUUCACCAAUAUUACGGCAGACAUGCUCAGUUAUUGAUACAAUCUAGUUCUAUAUCGACGCAAUCGUACUUCCAGUGAUGAGGAGUCUUUUGUGUAUCUAUUUAUUCUUCUUAGGUUUUGUAGAUGGAGAAAAAUACAGUCUUCAUCUGUACAACGAAUUAUUUCAAAAUUCCACCUACAAUAAAGUUCUAAUCCCAACGUUAAACGACAAUGACACUCUUCUUCUGAAGAUAACAUUUCUGCCACGAGGAAUCAGCGAAUUUAAUGACGUAACUGGACAAUUAUCUAUCGCAAUGGGGCUUGACGUACGCUGGCGUGAUGUAUUCUUAAGAUGGAAUCCUACUAAGUUUGGCAAUGUGUCACAUUUGGUAGUCCCAGAGGACCAUGUUUGGACACCAGUGAUUACCCUAGCCAAUCCCAUAGACAGAAUCCCAGUUUUUCCAGGUGAUUCGUUUCCAAUAAGAGUUUAUGCCAAUGGCCAACUUAUAUGGAUUAAAGGAGGGACGGUAAGUGUCACGUGUCAACCUAACGUUAAAUACUACCCCUUUGACGAACACAAAUGUUCAGCUAAAUUUUUAACCAUUGAUCGCAUUGGAAAUGAACUUAGAAUGGAAACAGGGAUGAGAUCUGUUAUUAAUGAGAAAUAUGGAGAAUGGGAUAUAUACAGUAUGAACGCAUAUUCCUCCAGAUUCGAUGUAUAUUCUUGUUCUGUUUUCGAGAUCACAGUGAGACGACGGUCAGAGUUUUUGAUACUAAAUACAUGCAUACCAAUAUUGUGUUUGGGAAUUUUAAACGCCUGUGUAUUCUUAAUUCCACCAGAAUCAGGAGAACGAGUUUCCUUCGCCAUGACAGUUUUGCUUUCUUUUGCUGUUUUUAUGACAAUAUUCAGUGCAUCUCUUCCAAAAAAUUCCGACCCUGUUCCGAUCAUGUGUUAUGUCAUGAUGGUGAUGAUGUUGGAGAGUGGAAUAAUUGUAAUUCUAACCAUUAUUGGGCUUCGCAUUUUCUUUAAACGUGAAAAUGAGCCAAUACCAAAGUUUGUAAGUCGCAUAGCAAGAAUAGCAGACCUUAGAUCAAGUAUAUAUAGACAAGAUGACCAGUCUUUGAUGAAUGGAAAAAUCCAGAAUGAUGAAGAAAAUCUGAAACCGGAGCAGCCAUCACUUACCUGGGAGAGACUGCGAAUUAUUUUUGACAUGACAUGCUUCUGUGUCUCCUUUGGGGUCUUUGUUUUGUUGGUUUGUGUUUACGCCAUCAUGGUAAAGAUUUCGUAAAUUAUUGUAUUUCGGAUUGAACACGGCUCUGACUGCAGAGAAUUGAUUCAUAUUAAUAUAUUGCAAUAUUAAACAGAGAAUUUCAUUAAUGGUUAUCGACUAUCAAUUGUCAAUAUUGACAUUCUCAAUUGAAUUACUUUUGAUAUGAAAUGUUGGUUUGUUCCGUAUGAUUAUUGUGCAAUAGUUUAAAGAAAUUCUAAUUAACGUUAUUUUCAAUAAAUUGUUACUGAUAGGAACCACUCACAACAUGAAAUUAUACUGUACAUAUAUCCCUACCGAAGCCGUGGAUCAAAGGGAUACAGGUUUCGGUUCGUAAACGAGAGAUUCUGGGUUUAAACUCCACUCUUAUCCGGUGGUUAGAAUAGAUCCUCAGUACCCCCUUGCUUGUCGGAAAAGGCGACUAAAUGGGGCGGUCCUUUAGACGAGACCGCAAAAACCAAGGUCCCGUGUCACAGAAGGUGUGGCAUGAUACAGAUUCCUCCGUGCUCAAAGGUCAUAAGCACCGAGCAUAGGCCUAAAGAUUGCAGCCCUUCAUCGACAAUGGUGACGUCUCCAUAUGAGUUUAAAAUUCUCGAGAGGGACGUUAAACAGUAUAAAACCUAAUACGUAAAAAUGGGUAGGGUAUUCUCCUUUGCCUAACAAGCGGCAUUUAGAUGUGAUAUAUAGUCUCGGGUUUCUUUUGAACGAGACCAAAAAUACGAAGGUCACGACAAGUGUUGGCAUGGCAAUGAACCCCAAAUACUACGGCCAUGAGCGCCACGCAUAGGUCUAAAUGGUACACUCCAUUACACCUGGUGACAUCACAAAAUGAGUGAAAAAUCGAAGGGAUGUAAAACAUUGAAACAAAAACAUAUUUAAACUUUUCAUCAUCAUUUUUCAUCCUAUGUUAUUGUGUAAUUGAUUUACCGUUCAGUGACACGCCGUUAGUCCAGUAGAUACUCCUUGUCUAUGUAAAGCAAUCUUUUGAAUUAUUUCAGUUAUCUUUGUGAAGCGUUCUUAUUUACAUUGAUGCAGUUUCAUCAGAAAUUGAAAAAUAAACAUAUAUUGGUAGUAUUUUCUUUCAAUAUUUAUUAUUUAACAUUACGAAGCAAUUAAUUUGUAAAUAGAUAUAUACUGAAGAGACAUUAUUUGUUGAAAUGCGCAUCUGGUGCAUUAAAAUUGGUACCGUAUAAGUUUUACAUUAUGAGCCCUGGGUCGAGGCCUCUGCUGGUGGACUGUUAGUCCCCGAGGGUCUCUACAGCCCAGUAGCUAAGUACUUCGUUACUAGCUUGGAAAUACGGAUGUAUAUUUAAUUGCUGUUAUAAAAUUUAGAAAUUCAUUUCAAAAUUAAGUAUUAUCUCCCUUCAUUGCUCUUAUCCUUAGACGAAUUUGACUCCACUUUUUGGCACUCUGUUUUCCCCUAAAAUAGCUCAAGCAAGUUUAUUGUUAUUUCGGAUUUAAAACAUUUCGAUUGAGCAUCACUGACGAGACAUUAUUUGUUGAAAUGCGCAUCUGGUGCAUUAAAAUUGGUAGCGUAUAAGUUUUACACAGGGAAGAUCAAUCCAUUGUUAAUAUCAUUUUAAGUAAUUUCACAAAAUCCUUACAAAAUUAGAUUCAUUGCUAGAUUCAGCAAAUGUUCUACCAAGCCUCUAUUUUUGCUCCUCAUGAAUAUAUUACUUGCUGUGAAGGAGAAACUUCAAACAUAUUGUGUCACAACUUGCCAGAAGUGUUGUAAAUCAAAAGUAGACUCUCAACAAAUUUAAAGAAUUUUAGUAAAUUUCAAAUCCUAAAACUAAUUUCAAAUCAACAACUUCAAAACGUAGCAUUGAUUUUGACUACGGAGGACUACAUUGACCUGAUCAAGAUAUAGGGUUCAUGGCGGGUGUGACCGGUCGACAAGGAAUGCUUACUCCUCCUAGGCACUGAUCCCACCUCUGGUAUAUCCAGGGGUCCGUGUUUGUCUAGCUGCAAUAAUAUAGCCAUCUCCGAUGUUUUAAUUUUUUUUCUGACAUUUUCGGGAGAGGGCUACAAUUCCAUAGGAUGUUCGUAAUGGUGCAAAAUAUUUUUAUGAAUAACCUGAAUGUCUGCUCCGCCAUGCUUGUUAUCGCGAUAUCUCGUUGGUUGGUCUACUUAAAAACCUAAACAUUGACAAUCAGCGCGAAAAUGUAGUUACUCGAGUCAUUCCAACAUAGAAAGGAAAAUCAUAUGGUGACAGAAAAAAAUUACACUCUGUUGUUUGUUUUUAACUUGAUAUCUUUAAAUCUUUUCAAUUCCGGCGAAAUUUCUUUGUCCUCCGUACUCGUCCAUUGAUGUAACCACUACCUUAUAUGUGCAUAUGCAAAUAACUUGACAAUCAAACAUGGGGCACGAAUAUGAUUCGAAAAAUUGCAAUACAGUGAAACUUCUCCAAACUGGCCUCUCAGAAAACCGGUUCUCCCUGAAUAUCGGCCGAUUUUCAAAGUCCCGGCAGAAACCUUAAUAUUUCCUUACAAAGAAAGUCUCACAAAACCGACCACCCCUGAAAACCGGACAUCGGCCACUUUUUAAAGUACAAUUGUUAACAAACAUGUGUAAUUUACCUUUAUAAUACCGGCCACUAUUUGAAGACUAGAAAAUUUUGGCCAGAGGGGUGAUUAAGAUUGGCCAGGUGUGCAAAAUUACUGACCUACCGGCCAGGUGGGAAAUUAUCGACCGGAGGUGUGAAAAACACGAGUGGCCUCUUUAAGUUCUUUAGUUUACCUGUGCUGUCCAGGGUGCUAAUUGGUGCUUAUCUAAUCCAAUUGACCCUUUCAAAUUUCGGUACGAAAUGCUAUAAACAGAUAUGCACAUAUUGAAUGACUACAAUCAAUACGCCAUAUUGUUGCACCAUGGAUAUAAGCGGUAGUUAAUAAACAACAAACCCAUGACUGUUAAUGAUAAUUUUCAAUAGAUAAAUAAUUUUUUGGAGGUUUCCAUAGACUUAAAAUUCCUAAGAAACAUCACAAUUAAAAUUAUAUUUUUACUACUCUACUUUUCAAAAACGUCAAAACAAAUUUGUUAACGAUAUAAGCAAUGGACGUAAACAGAGUUUUUAAAGGUAAGAGGAAUACCAAUAAUAGGCCUCUGUGUUUUCUUUAUGUAUCCUGUUAUAAAUUUUAAGUUAAAAUUAGAUGAUUGCAGUAAGACUAUUUCUGGUAAUAGUUACCUGUAGGUACAAGCGGUCUAGUUUGAUCUCCACCGAUAAUUGAUCAUAGAUCCCCAUAUCAAAGUGAGCAGUACCUACUCUGUGUAUUAAUUGCAGCAAUCAAAUGGCUAUGUGUUUGUUUUGUUUAUUAAAACAUAAGCUGAAAUUCUACAUAAAUGCUGCUAGUCUACAGAUUUGUAUAUCUAUAUCAAAUGCAGUUUUAUUUAAACGGAAUGUUUUCCAUUAUUUGUGCAUGUCAAUGUAAAAAUGUUUAUUCAUGUUUAAUUAGUUUUAGUGCUAUAAAUUGAAAAUAAACAUGUUAGUAAAUUA